AUAAGCGACUAAACUGCCAACUUCAAUUGUAAGUGUGUGCGUGCGUGCGUUGCGCGCGUUGUUUGAAAAUGAAUGAAUCCAUCAGUCCUAAUGAGGGCCCCUUCGCCAAGGCCAUGGUGGUAGGGUACACUGUCCUACCAAUCAUCUCCUUAUUAGUGACCGUGCUCAUGACAUACUUCUACUGGGACUGGAUGGUGCUAUACUUCAUCGUAAUCGUAUUCGAGAAGGCUCAUUUGCGAGGGUCUCGCACUUUAAUGUGGUUCCGUUGCCUACCCAUUUGGGAGAUAUGGUGCUCGUACUUUCCAGUGCGACUCGAGAAGAUGUGCGACUUAGACCCUACUAAGAACUACAUCUUCGGAUAUCACCCUCACGGUAUUAUAUGUAUGGGGGCCUUUGGUGCAUUCGGAACUAAUGGAGCAGGCUUCAAGGAUGUCUUCCCUGGGUUGGAUGUCCAUCUCAUGACACUCACUCCAUGGUUCAAGAUCCCUUUCUUCCGAGAGUUUAUCCUAUCCCUUGGACUGGCUGAUGCAGAUAAGGAAUCUUUCAAUUACAUUCUCCAGCAUGGACCUGGACAGAGUUGCUGCAUUCCUCUGGGUGGCGCUGCCGAGUCGCUUGAUGCACAUCCGGGCACCUUUGACCUGACCUUGGCCGAUCGCAAGGGUUUUAUCCGGGUUGCCAUGAAGAAUGGUGCUACUCUGGUGCCCACAUUCGGCUUUGGAGAGACCGAUCUCUUCACUCAGAAGGUCAAUGAGCGCGGUUCCGCUUUCCGUGACCAACAAUCUAAGAUUCAAGAUGCUAUUGGGUUCGCGCCGGUCGCUCUCACAAACACAAAGCUGAUGACACCUUUCCACGGCCUUGUGACGGUCGUAACCGGCAACCCGAUCGACGUCCCCAUGCUCCAAUACCCCACAAAGGAGCAGAUUGACGAGUACCAUCAGAAGUACGUAGCCGGCCUAAAAGAGGUUUUCGACUCCAACAAGGACAAAUACGCAAAGAACCGAAAACGGAGUAUUGCAAUUUUGGGCAAAUACAGACCGGAAAAGGCAAAAAAAACGGAAUAAAUCCGAGCAAUUCGAUCUGAUUAACAUGCAAAAUGUGACGCACUGAAGGUUUGUCUUGUAUAUCAUGAUAAGCCA